AUGGCGCCCGCGGUGCUGCAGGCGCUGCUGAACCUCGGUGGUCUGCCGAGCCAAUUCGUCGGCGAUAUAGCGGAGACCUUCUUUGAUGACUACUUCGACAUCCUCGUCUACAGCGAAGUGCUGUACGUGCUCAUAGUCUUCCUCGGCCCCAAGGCGAUGGAGAACCGCGAGCCGUAUCGGCUGAAGUACCUCGUUGCCGCGUGGAAUCUGGCGCUCUCCUUUCUUUCCUUGUGUGGCACGAUCGGCGUUGGCAUCAUGCUCAUGCACUCGCUAGAGGAGCGUGGCAUGUACGAGACGACCUGCUACCUCGACAAGAACCUCUACGACGGCGAGCUGACCUUCUGGCUCUUCGCGUUUCUACUUAGCAAGAUUCCAGAGAUGUUUGACACGGUCUUCCUCGUUCUCACGAAGAAGCCGAUCAUCUUCUUGCACUGGUACCACCACCUCACGGUGACGGUCUUCUGCUGGUACGCUGGCUACACGCUUAUUGCCAGCGGCGUAUGGUUCGCCAGCAUGAACUACGCCGUGCACACUGUCAUGUACUUCUACUACUUCCUCUGCUCUCUGGGCAUGCGCAAGUUCAUUCGGCCGAUCGCGCCGUUCAUUACGGGGGCGCAGCUGCUGCAGAUGGUCGUGGGCACGAUCAUCGUUCUCUACACCUUCUACUACGGCUACAUCAGUGAGCGCGGCUGCGGCGUUGACCACCGCACGAUUCGCAUGGGGCUGUGCAUGUACGGCAGCUACUUUGUGCUCUUCGCGACGCUCUUUGUGCACCUCUACAUGAAGAAGGGGGCGACGACCAAGUGCCGGAAGAGGGAGACGCCGGCAGCGGCACUCCAUCAAAACGGGAAGCCCGUAGAUGGUAUAAAGAUGGGCUGCAACGGUGCAGUCAUGAAGAAGCAGUGA